UUAUGCUAAUUACCCCUGUUUCCUGUUUCGGGCACUCUACCAUUAUCCGCUAGAAAGAUACCUAUAGCAUUGCUAAGUCGAGCUUCAGCGGCAACUGUAUCCAUAGGAGGCUGAUCGGCGGCCGGACUCUCAACCACAUAUGGCUAUGGGGGCAGAUUUAGGGUUUGGAUUGGGAUUCUGGCAAACGGGUCGUGUAAUACUUCCUACUUUUGCACACCAUUGUUCUUCGCUCAGAAUUCCUCCUCUUUCUUCUUUCCCACCUUCAUUCGCGCGUCCCCCAGCCUCCUCCUCCUCUGAUUAUCCCGAUAACUAUGAAGCCUCCGCCUCAGAUUACCGCCACAACGGCGCUUCUUCUUCAGCUGGCAGCAGCAGCAGCUCUGGCACUGUGGUGUCCGGUACAAGCGCUCGAAGCCGGCGGCUGCUCAAAAUUCGGGAACAGAAGACCAAACGCGAAUUAGAUCGCCUCCACCAAUAUCCUUCCUGGGCUAAGGUGCUCGAGGAUGCUUGCAAACACGACGAGGAGCUCCGCUCUGUUCUUGGUGAUAGCAUUGGCAACCCGGAGCUCAUGAGGAAACGGGUGGAAGAACGGGUCAGGAGGAAAGGUCGGGACUUCCAGAAAUCCAAAACUGGUUCCGUUCUUGCUUUCAAAGUUAGCUUUAGAGACUUCAACCCCAUAGAUUCCUACAUUUGGUUUGAGUUCCUUGGCUCCCCAACUGAUCGUGAUGUGGAUCUCUUCGGUAGCGUUGUUCAGUCAUGGUAUGUAAUGGGGCGCUUGGGUUCUUUUAAUUCUUCAAAUCUGCAGUUGGGAAAUUCAUCAAUGGAGUAUGAUCCCCUGUACGAUGUAGAGAAAGGGUUUCAAGUGAUGCCAUCAUCCUUCCACGACAUUGGUGAUGUUGAGUUUCAGGAUAACUGGGGGCGAGUCUGGGUAGACCUUGGUACAUCUGAUUUCUUUGCCAUUGAUGUGCUGCUAAAUUGCUUGACCGUGCUGAGUUCAGAGUAUUUGGGGAUUCAACAAGUGGUUUUCGGGGGACGCAAGAUGGGUGAUUGGGAAGAAGGGAUGACAAACCCUGAGGACGGUUACAAAUACUUCAAGAUGUAACCAUGAAGUAUGGAACAACAAGUUGUGCUUAUGUUCUCUCUUCUUUCUAGCUUCAUUUGCAAUUUUUGUAUAUGAAUGGAUGUCGAAACUGUGUGACCUGUUGUGCAUGUACUUGGAUGAAGUGCUUUCGACGGCCUCAGAUUUUCAAGGGAAGUGCUUUCGAGGAAUGGUUAGUUUACGAUAGGUAGAUUUAGCAGUGAAAGUUGAUAGUUCAGUUCUAAGGAAUUUCUGUAUGGAUAUGUAUUCAAAAUUUGGAGUCUUUUCAGACUAAUUUUUAGUUUCAAUUAGAGAUAAGAUUAUGAAGUAAAUUAAGGUGUACCGCAAACACACUGAAGCUUGUAGAACUUGCCUUUUACUGUGGUUAUAUACCUAUUAAACCAAAUAAUUCUGAUUGACACAUGGUUAAUUACUUAACAAAGGAAUUAAACAAGCGAAAUCAUCUACAAAAUUGAUUUUCAGAAAUUCUCAUUCUGAUGUAGCCAAAGAGUGACUUUUCUGCCACUAGGCCAAAGGUCCUAUAUCAUCUUCUUCCUAUGACACUUCUCCCAUUAAUAUUUUCAUGCGGCGGGUAAAUUGCAAGGUUAGUCACUAGAAUUAUAAAAAGAAGUUCAUGUUUGGUCACUAAAAAUAUUUAAUUCCAUUCAUGGUCACUAGAUUUAGUAAAACAGUCCAAAUUUAGUCACUCUCCGUUAGUCUCCAUCUGUCUCUGUUAACACCGUCAGUUUUUUGCUGACAUGGCUAACAGACUCACCUAAUCAGCCAAUUUCAACCAUGAAAAAUUGAAACCCGACCCGCCACAUCAUCUAAACCCGCCACGUCAUAUAAAUUAUAACCCAACCCAAAACCCAUCUAAUCAGCCAAUUUCUUCGGCAAUAGCUCCACCGUAAGAUCCAGAUUCGCCACCGACUUCCCCGGCAUCAUAUGCUGCUUUGCUUUCAGCUUGUGCGGCUGGAUCGAUAGGUCAUUGAGGAGCUCCCGCCGGCGCCUUUGUGGAGCACUCGCUGCCAUGCUACAAACUUCCCGGAGCUCCCACGCCAUUCUCCUCGAGAAACUAGCAAGAAUAGAAUGUCACUGCUCUUAACUCCAGCUUUAUUCCAUUUGAUGUUUUGAGCCAGAGAGGAAGCACCCAUCGUCCUUUCACCUCUGCAUCUGGUACGUAGACAUCAUUGUCGGAUCUUGAUUCGACGUGCGGUCGAGAGUGUCGGGAGCUCGCCAGCCUGAUACCGUGAAUCAUCACUAACACAUCGAAUGAUUUUGGGAUCUGGGUUUCUUGGAACCUUCAAAAGAGGCGAUGAAAAGAAGAACAUGACCCAAAAUCGUGCUACAAUCAUUGGUUGCUGGGGAGGAUGUCGCCUUCAUCGCCAUUUAUUAGCGGGAUUUCAGAUCUACCUGCUGGAGAGAUUUGGGGUUGGUGCUCGACGGUAGUUAUGGAUCUGGAGCUGGUUGUUGAGUGGAGGGAAAUGAUAGAGAGUGGGAAGAACGACAACAAUGGGCUGGUCAAUGCCUCUCCUCACAUUUAUGUACGCCGCUGAAGAAACCCAAAACCCCCCACCGAUGAAGAAGAAAAGAUGGGAUUGUCGUCAUGAUUCGGUGGCCAAGAUUGUCGCCGACACUGGGUUUAACAAAAUGAAGUGGGUGAGAUUCUCUCCGGGAUUGGGUUUAGGAAAAGGGGAUUUGCAAUUUUGGGGUUUUUUUGGGGUGUUCUGGGCAUCGGAUAUGGGGAAGAAAAAUGAACAAAAAGAAGAUGGAUUUCUGAUCUGGAAAUAAAAAUGGGGUAAAAGU